UUAUCCUGUAGUCUGAUCCCGAUCUUGUAAUUUGUUUAGAUUGACAAUGAUGAUAAUCAAUCUACAUGGAGUGGAUAAUAAUGACAUUGGAUUCGAAUUUUAAUUAGCUAAUUGAUCCAGUAAAACACUAACGGUAUUACAGAAAGAAAAAAACGCAUCAUGUCAGAAGAGGAAACUAAAAGUCUUCUUCACGGAAAGGCAAUACAAACUACUAUUUCACCCAUGCAUAUAUCAUGGCGUCAUUAUAUGACUGGACCAAUUUUAUUCAUCCAUCUAUUUGCUUUCAUUCUGGCGUAUGGUACCUCAGGACUUUAUGUGCCUCAAUAUAUAUCGAGAAAACUGUAUCCUGCGCGAAUAAUGCCUGUCUCAACAGGUUCAAUUUGCAUUAUUAAUGAAACAGAAAUAUCACCCGAAAGCGAGACUAUUCAGAAAGAGGCUGCCUCGUUCGGGAUUUACACAGCUCUAUUAUCAGGGAUACCCGCUGUCAUCUCCAACAUGUUACUUGGAGCUUUCAGCGACCGUUUUGGACGAAAAUUUCUGUUUCUGACACCAACAAUAGGUCAAGUGAUAAGCAAAACAAUAAUUUUAUUUUGUGUAUAUUAUCAGAUUGAUAUUAAUUACAUUUUAAUAGGUAGUGCAAUCGAAGGUUUCACAGGAGGUUAUUUAGCACUUUUAAUGGCAUCGUUUUCCUAUAUUGCUGACAUCACAGAGAACAACAAGCAGCGGUCAGUUGCCAUUACUUUUCUCGAGAUAGCAGUUGGUGUAGGUGUAGUAUUGGGAAGAUUUUCCACGGGAUAUUUCAUCAAGGUCACGAACUAUGUUUGGCCAAUAUUUACAGCUUGCUGUAUUUAUGCUGUAUUAGUAAUUCUAAUAAUUUCUGUCUUACCGGAAACCAGGAUACCAGUUACGGAAUAUAGAGCCACUCAGAAAUCGUGUUUGAAUUAUGUAACAACCAUCUUUUCUUUUUACAUCUCAGAAAGCAACAAGGGAGAUAGAUGGAAAUAUAACAUAUGUAUUCUCAUUUUCUUUACCACUGGUAUAACUGUGGUGGGAAAAUCUAGUGUAGAUUUACUGUACCAGAUUAGUCAGCCCUUUUGCUGGGAUUCAGUGAAAGUGGGAUUGUAUGGUGCGCUUUCAAGUUUGUUUCAAAACGUUAUAUGUAUGGGGAUGAUAAAAAUCCUCCAUCUUUGUCUCAGCGAUGAAGGAGUAUCAAUUCUUGGGUCUGUCUCUGGAAUAUCUGGAUUUUUGAUUACAGCUUUAGCUUCCACGGAUCUUAUGUUAUACAUAGCUGCGAUUGUUGGAGGUGGUACGGUUUUAACUCUUCCAAUGGUUCGUGCAAUCAUGUCGAGAAUGACGUCACCAGACAAGCAAGGAGCCCUUUUUGGUGGGAUAUCAGCGGUUGAAACAACUUGUGGUAUCUUGGGAAGUCUGUUUUAUAACACCGUCUAUUCUCAUACAGUCGCUUUCUUCAGAGGGACAGUGUACAUAUUGAUGGCCAGCUGUGUUUUAGUUUCGCUUCUUCUUCUUUUAAUAUUUACCAUUUGCUCACGACGAACACAGAUUCACAAAACGGUGACCCAAGUGGAUGUGCAAGAAGAAAAUGACACUUUGCCAAACAACUUGAAUAAUUAA